GGGGGACAUGCCCGACCUAAGCCUACGAGGCCCCCAACACGUCCCAAGAGGGCUUCCGCAGCCGUUUGGGCUCGAACAUCACGGUGCAGUCUAUACGCUGCCGCGUGAUUGCCAAGACUCGCACGUGCUCCCAGCGCGUUGCCAGGCAGGCCGGCGCACGCAGAGACGGGAUGCCGGCCGCGAGGGCCUCCGGUGCUCUGAUCAGUGCUCUGCUCGCCGUGGCCUCGGGGCUCGCCGUCGCGGCCUCGCUUGGCGCCGCCGGGGCGCCCCGGUCGGAGGCGGAGGUGGACUCCCAGCAGGAGUGCGAGCAGGCGGCCGCGCGCGUCGAGGCCCUUCAGAGGCGCUCGGCGCUGACGGGCUCGGGGGCCCCCACGGAGGAGGAGGAGCUGGAGGAGUCUCGCGUCGGGGCCGAGAUGGAGGGCAACCUUUACGCGCCUGGGCCCAACGUUUACCUCGCGACACUUGUGGAUCCGAGAAAUUUCCGGAGCUAUUGCCUGGACAUCGCGGGUUCCCCGCCCCACCCGCAGUGCAACAGCAUCCAGGGCCACAGUUGCAAGACUGAGGGCGAGGACACCCAGUUCGAGUACGACCCCGACACGAAGUCAAUCCGCUCCGUCAACUUCAAUGGGCAAUGCAACCCGCUGUACUCCGGGUCGAAGAACGGCAGAUCUUGGGAGGCGGAUUUGAGCACGAGUCCGGCUUGUCUCACUGUCCGCGGAAAAUUUGAAGCUGGGUCCACCUUCAGCCUCACGAGCUGCACCGGGAGCGACAAGCAGAGAUUCUCAUUCACGAGCAGGGGACAGUUUGUGAUCGGCGACGGCUCUUCCUCCCUAUGCAUCGUCUUGGGAGUGAACGCGACGAAUUACACGGAUCAGGAUUUCUUCACCCGCCCCGCGGAACUCCAGGACUGCGAGUCGUGGCCGACGGAGUUGUCCACGUGGAAGGUCCUUCUCCCAGACCACACCUUUUUUUCUGGCACCGAUGCCAGUUCCUCCCAGCAGUGAGGGACCAGAUGACUCAGACUGGUUUAUUUGAUCUGUGGAGGUUGACCAUCCACGGGUUGCUGCCUCUUUUGUGUGUGAAAUGUGAUAUUGCAUCCAGAAGGAAGCCCUUGUAUGUUUAUUGGCCUCCUGUCUUGCAGGCUUCCCUUCUUAUCUUCUUCUUCUUCUUCUUCUUCGAGAGAGAGAAACAGAGAGAGAGAGAGAGAGACGUCGUCCACGUCAGAAACAUGGCGCCGGCUUGGCAGCCGCCGAACGCAGUGAGACAAUGCGAAAAACAACGGAACUCUCGUAUCUACGCUCUCGACAUUGUCAACAUGAUAAUAGCGCGGGUUUGCCGUAGCCUGGUGCUGCGUCGUGCUUGUCCGCAGACCAUGUUUACUGUGCAUGUUACGCAGUGAAUCCCAUGACGUGCUUGCGCGGGAAGCCUUUAGACGGUGCGUUCUCACCACAGGCAGCUCUGUUACACUGUUAUCCAUGGUGGACACCAGAGGUCGGCUGCCAGUCAUGCUCGCUAGGGCGUCGGUUGCACACGGGAUAUGACACCCCGCGCUUGCGAUCUUCGAUCCUGCAUCACGGUCGCCUGCCGCUUCCUGGUCUCUACGGCGCUUCAACUGCUCUGGGCAGGCUCCCGUUCGUUCACCAGAUGCUCUGGUGGCGAUCGCUGGCGGGAGGAGGACACAGCAAAACCAACAUGGGCCCCGCAAGGGCCCCGGGAGGCUG